AAAGAGCAAACCAAAAUGGAGGGCAGUUCUGUUCUCCAUGCUUUCACUAACAUUUAUUUUGCCAUUUUUGCUUUGUUUUGCUUCAAGCUUUUAAUUAAGAUUUCCUUGGCUUUGCUGACCCAUUUCUAUAUUGUUAAAGGCAACAGGAAAGAAGCUGCCAGGAUAGCAGAAGAGAUCUAUGGAAUAGUCCCAGGCAGCUGGGCAGACCGCUCCCCUCUUCAUGACGCUGCCUUCCAAGGACGCCUCCUCUCUUUGAAAACCUUGAUUGCACAGGGUUUCAAUGUGAACCUGGUGACAACGGACCGUGUGUCAGCUCUCCAUGAGGCCUGCCUGGGCGGCCACGUCGCCUGCGCAAAGGUGCUGCUGGAGAAUGGUGCUCAGGUCAAUGCAGUCACCAUCGAUGGGAUCACACCUCUGUUUAACGCCUGCUGCAGUGGUAGCGUGGCCUGUGUCAACAUGCUGCUCGAAUUUGGAGCCAAGCCACAGCUCAGGAACCACCUUGCAUCACCCAUUCACGAAGCAGUCAAGAGAGGUCACAGGGAAUGCAUGGAGAUCCUUCUGGCCCAUGAGGUUGACAUUGACCAAGAAGAUCUGCAGCACGGGACCCCGCUCUACGUGGCUUGCACGUACCAGAGGACAGACUGCGUCAAGAAGCUUUUGGAGCUAGGAGCCAACGUUAAUGUGGGGAAGCGAUUAGACACCCCCCUCCAUGCAGCAGCAAGGAAAUCCAGUGUGGAGGUAGUGGUGUUGCUGACAGACUAUGGUGCUAACCCAAAAUGCAGAAAUGCUGAACUCAAAUGUGCCCUGGAUCUUGCGGUACCCAACAGCAAAGUGGAGCAGGCGCUUCUGCUUCGGGAAGGUCCUGCCAGCCUUGCCCAGCUGUGCCGGUUGUGUAUCAGAAAGCAUCUGGGUCGGUCGUGCCUAUAUACAGUCCACAAGCUGCACCUGCCUGAGCCACUUGAGAACUUUCUCCUUUAUCGAUAAGUCUGUGACUAUCUUUAAAGAAAGAGGAACAAAUGGUUGUUUACUCCAAAAUUAUUAUAUCAAAGAAAAAAAAUCAAAGACAUAAUUUACUGUCUACUGUGGAUACCAAACAUUAGCUGCUAUGUGACAGUGCAAAUUGAAAACACCUUUUCACAGACAGUGAAUGGUGUUAUGGAUACAGUUCCCCCCCAGUUUAGUGUAACAUCCACUUAUGCCAGCCUGAGAAGUUGUAAUACAUGAACAGCUCACUUGACGUGUUCGUAGAUGCACAUGCACACAACCCACCCACAGACAUGCAAAGAGGUUUUCCCUGCAUUUAGUGUUACAUUUAUUCUUAUAGUAUCUUUGCAACUUCUUCCUCUCAUCUAUCCAAUCUCACUGGCAAAAUCAAGGUAGUGGCUAUUAUUCUUCCACUAGUGUGAGAAUGAAAGCCUUCAGUGCCCAACAUCAGCUGUAUACAAUAUCUUUUGUCACACACAUCUUUUGUCGGCUUUGACUUUGCAUCCUGCCACCUCUUUCCCAUGAUCUAGUGGAGCCGUAGCAACUUCCAGCAAGCUCUGGCUGUCCAGCCACCAUACACCUCCUCGCCCUGAGCCCAGCUGCCACCAAUGCUAGCACAUCUUGUCCUCUGAGGUGCAAACUGUGUUAUCAAAGCAGAUGCAGAGGUUUAGA